CCAAAAAGGGGCAGCGCGUGAAGAGAGUGAUGCGAAAAUUGUCAAAUAUCGGGCGCAUGACGGCGGUGUGGCGAGCCCGGUGAGAGAGCCCUGGCGUUGGUGGUGUGUGGCGUACGUAAAAAAAAAACAAACCGGGACAAACAUAAAUAAAAAAAAAGGGAGGAGAAACCAAAACAAACACGUAGCCGCGUUAGCAGCGCCGAGGAGUCGUGGCCGUGGCACGGGGGCGCGAUGUCGAGCACCCUGGAGAAGAAGAUCAUGAAUCUGGAGGAGCGGCUGCGGGCGGAGAACGAGUCGCGGGACCGGGACAGGCAGGUCGGCGCCGAGGUCGGCGGCCCGGGCAUGGGCCUGCACUCCUCAUCGUCGUCGUCGUCGUCGUCGGCGACCGUGGGCCCCGCGUCCAGCCCCGCGCUCCGCAGACCCCGGCAACUUGGGGAUAUGGGUACGCCGACACGACCCAGAAGACAGCUAGAUCUGCCAGUGUCGCAGAUAACGCCGCCAAAGAUGCACGACAGUGAAGUCGAGUUAAAGCUGCAGGAAAUCAUGAAGAUGAACGGCAUCCUGAACAUCAAUGGUCAAAGGUAUCAGACAGAGAUGAAAGAUCUGGAGCAUCUAGGCGAACUCGGUAACGGCACUUGUGGACACGUUGUCAAAAUGAGGCAUAAACCGAGCGGCGUGGUAAUCGCUGUGAAACAGAUGCGACGCUCUGGGAAUGCGGAGGAGAAUAAGAGGAUAAUUAUGGAUCUCGACGUUGUGCUCAAGUCGCACGACUGUCCGUACAUUGUGCAGUGCCUGGGUUGUUUCAUAACCGAAUCCGAUGUUUGGAUUUGCAUGGAACUGAUGGCGACGUGCCUAGAUAAACUAUUGAAGCGUAGCAGGCAAGCGAUACCGGAGGAUUUUUUAGGAAAAGUUACAGUAGCAACAGUAAAAGCGUUGUCGUACCUGAAAGAGAAGCAUGGUGUAAUUCAUAGAGAUGUGAAACCUAGUAAUAUAUUACUGGACGAGACGGGAGGGGUGAAACUCUGUGAUUUCGGAAUUUCUGGCAGAUUGGUCGACAGCAAAGCGAAGACGAGAAGCGCGGGAUGCGCGGCGUACAUGGCUCCUGAAAGGAUAGAUCCACCAGAUCCUACUAAGCCAGAUUAUGAUAUAAGGGCGGAUGUAUGGAGUUUGGGCAUUACUCUAGUGGAACUAGCUACGGGAGUAUUUCCUUAUCGAGACUGCAAGACUGAUUUUGAGGUACUGAGCAGAGUAGUACAAGAUGAUCCUCCGUCUCUUCCGGCGGAUGCGCUCUUCUCCAAGGAGUUUAGGAGUUUCGUCAGCUGCUGCCUCACGAAGAACUACAAGCACCGGCCAAAGUACCACAAGCUCAUGGAACAUGCCUUUAUUCGCAAGUACGAAGUUUUACAGGACGGCGAGACAAAUUUCGCCCUGACAAACUCCGGCUGUCAAUGGUUCGGCAAGAUCAUACGGCAGUUAGAACCAAGUUCCAGAUUGCCAGGAGGUCAGCAGCAGCGAGUUUCGGGUCAUGUGUCUCUGAAGCAGACAGCCCAUCUUCGGGCGCAAUCCGAGAUGCCAGCCUUCCUGAAAAGCAACGUCAAUAGCAUGAAAGAGUCACCGAAUUCCGGCUUUCUGCCGUUCCAUCAGCGUUCCAAUAGCGAGAACGGCGCGAACUACGUGCCCUAUAGUCCGUACGCUCUUCGUCGGAAGGAGAUCGCUCGACCGUUCUCGCCGCCGAUGUCCAAGGACGCGGAUCAGUCGGAGCCGAACCUGCCACCGCGACCUUUCUCACCCUACCGGCAGCAGAGCAUGGUCACGAGGCACGAUUACAAUUCUUCGAAUCGCUGCUCGACAACGAACGGUCAAGGUAGACAGGAGACGACGACAACUACCACGACGACGACAACGGCGGCGAGACCGUUCUCUCCUUACAGGACUCAGGACACCAGCUUGGACAGCAAUGGUCGGCCGUAUUCCCCGUAUCGCAGUAGCCGUUACGAGGAACACGACGGUGGCAACAAGGCGGACCGAUGGCAGGGAGGCGUCUCGAGAUCGCUGAGUCCCUUCACCAGAGAUUAUUCGCCUUGGCGACGUGAGAAUGUCGAUCCACCCGUCAUUCAGCCGCCACCUGCCACGUAUGACAACAGCGGCCGUUACUCACCGUUUCUACAGCAUAGACUUGCGCAACCACCGUCGCAGCAGCCCGCGACACUCCAAACCUAUCCGCAGACGCAGAACAUCUACGGUAGCCCAAUGAUCAGCCGCAAGAGGUUUCCUUCGGAGCCACCGCCGCAGGGAUCCCACGGCCCCUCUAGUCCACAGUUAUUAAUCUCCCGUUUCGCGCAUCAACUGAAACAGGAGUCACCGCCGUCGUCGUUGGUGAUGCCACCGCAGCAGAUCGUUGGCUCGAAGGAGUCCGCGAAGAAACGCUUCGCGUCCUACGUACGCCUCAGGCUCGGCAGUGAGCGCGCUCCUUCGCCAGAACCACCGCCGAGAUUGAGUCGCGGCGAGUCUCCGCUUGCCCUCAGGAGGAACUUAAUCGAGCAGGCGUCUCCCUCCUUUCCACGAAGGUACGUCUCGCCUUCUCCACCCCAGCCGCCGCCUAGGAGAUUGUCGGAAAGCAGUUCCGUGCCUGGUAGCCCGCAACACGUGCGAGCUCGUCUACGCUAUACGCCUGAACCUCAGAGAAGACCUCCGCCACCAUAACCCACCGCUACAAUCAUUAAGCCUUAUUAUUAUUCCUUAUUGGUGCCAUAUGUGACUACGGACACCCGGAUGGCGAUCACGUGCACCAUGGAGUAGUGAGGUGCAUCGUUAUCCGGUAACGGUUGCGCGCACAGAGCGAGUCACGGAACGUGUAGACGUAUAUACACGACGUGUUCUCGAACGUUUAUAAACCAAAUGAAAAACAUGAAGAGAAAACGGAGAAGCGUGUUCUUAAUACUCGAGCCGUCGCGAACUCGAAGUUGUACGCGAGUCGAAGACUUAGUACGGGAACGUCGAUUUAGCGUGCGAAACGGCUGAAAUCGCCGGAAAUAAUAUUUCAUCUUGAUUUGACAUUUUCACGCAUUUAGAUUCGCGGACACUUCGAACGCGAGAAUUGCCUUAAGAGACACGAGGACUUAUACUAGCGAGUGUGAAUAUUUCAGAUCUCUGAAAGAUUUCUGAGUACUUCAGGUUUCUGAUCGAAGAAUAUUUUCGGAAUUCCUUAUUGAUGUUAGGACAUAGGGAAGAGUGAAACGUCUUUUUCGAGUUUAGAACGCUUCACACGCUAAAGUCGUAAAUGUAAACUUCUGCACGGUCGAGUAGCUUAGCUAAAUCGCGCCGACCGCCUCGGUUUGAUUGAUCCUGGCGCGCGAAUGCUUGGAAUGAAUUAUUUUCUACAAGAUACCGUAGGAAGGAGAGUAAAUAAUUGCAUAGAUAAAUCCUCAAAAGAACGAUUAAAUAGUUUCGGUACAAAUUCUCGCCGAGCACUUUGCCUUGUGACUGUUCUAAGUGGAAGGAAAUAAUCGAUUAAAACUAGAAUUAAUGUUGUAAAAUCGAGAAUGCGAUCGGCACCCCAAGGCCCGCGUGCAUGCGUUUUACGUACGCGAGGGGGUUGUUCGCGCGACGUUUGCACGGCUUUUCUUCGCCGCGAGAUGCGAAUUGAUCUACCUUCGUCAAUAAUUCUCUUCUCGAUGUGUAUUUAUCGAUAGUACGCGAUGAGAAUAUCGAUGCUCAACUUUUUAUAUCGUUUGCGUAUUAAAAAAAAAGGUACAGUGACGGAGGAAUGCGGCAUUAAUCGCGACGCACCGCGAUGUUUUUUCUAAUCAGCCUCGACAACACAAUACAUACAUAUUUAUGUAUAUUAUAUAUGUAAGUGUAUAUAUACAUAUAUACAUGUAUAUGUAUAUAUAUACACGCUCGUAAAAGAAUGUACCUUACGAAACAAUAUACUUGGCGCGAGACGCUACCGCGUCUCUCGAUACAUACGCAAAAGAAGUAUAUAUGGUAUCGUGAAAAAAUGCGUAAACCGUUCCUAUCGCUCUUCGUUUACGCUUCUUUCUGUCAAUCUUGAGAACUUUGUCAAAGGAAGGAGAGACACACAAUAAACGCGCAACGAAACUCGCUCUCUUCUCUCGGACGGCCUUGCGGUACCUCUGCGACUCGAAUUGCAGUCUCACAGUGACAUCUUUUCCACGAUUUACUAUUAAUAUUAAUGACUUUAUUAUUGAAGCAACUUAAAGUUAAAUACGAGAGCGAGUCGUAAGUUUACGAGUGCGUAAUCCAAUAUCGAUAGUCCAACCGAGAGGGAUAUUAUCGUCUACACUUUUCUUUGCGACAAGAAAAGGGGAGGAAAAAUAAGAAAAACGGAAGCACAAUAAUGUCGCGGUAGCACGUCUCGUAUAGUCCUACGGGGGGCAAAUGUAUAUUACUCAAUCAGCAGGGCGUGCACGGCGUCACUCACAUACACCAAACACACAGUACACAUACACACGGUUUUAGAAUGUUGUAAUUAUUAUUUUUAAUUAACAUUUAAUCCCUAACUACGUUCAAGUCUACACUCGUAAUCACCUUUGUCGUUUAUUUGACAAAAGGAUCUGUUGCAAUGUAAAUAAACUUAUAUUUAUACGA